CUUCUGUUCAAAUGUCACUUAGUUGCCGGUGGUAAUAGUGUAGUGUUGUGCUAUCCUUUUUGUGGAAUAAUUCACCAGUUUGUUAAAAAAUAAUACUCAAUAAUGCCACCGAAGAAGGUGUCGGAGCCAGAGAAGAGGCCUCUGAUUGGCAGGGUGGGCACCAACUUGAAAGUGGGCAUUGUUGGGGUUCCCAACGUCGGGAAAUCCACCUUCUUUAAUGUCCUAACCAAGAGCUCAGCGGCUGCUGAAAAUUUCCCCUUCUGCACCAUCGAUCCCAAUGAAAGUAGGGUUCCUGUUCCUGAUGAGAGAUUCGACUACCUCUGUGAAUACUUCAAACCAUUAAGUGAAGUUCCUGCUUUUCUAAACGUGGUGGACAUAGCCGGUCUGGUAAAGGGCGCCUCCGAAGGGCAAGGUCUCGGAAACGCCUUUCUUUCGCACAUCAGCGCUUGCGACGCCAUCUUUCACCUGUGCAGAGCUUUCGAGGAUGACGACGUCACGCACGUAGAAGGGGAUGUCAACCCCGUUAGGGAUUUAGAUAUCAUUUGUGAGGAACUGCGGCUGAAGGACGAGGAGACGCUGGCGAAGAAUUUGGAGAAAUUGGAGAGGACUGUGCUUAGGGGUGGGGACAAGAAGCAGAAGCCAGAAUAUGACACGUUACAAAAGGUUAAGCAAGUUCUAAUGGAUGAGAAGAAACACAUUAGGUUUGCUGAUUGGGAUGGAAAAGAUAUUGAAGUACUCAAUAAAUAUUUAUUUUUAACCUCUAAACCAGCCAUCUACUUAAUUAAUCUUGCGGAAAAGGAUUAUAUUAAAAAGAAAAAUAAGUGGUUGAUAAAAAUCAAAGAAUGGGUUGACAAAAACGAUCCCGGGGCGAUAAUUAUCCCUUUCUCCGGGGCCUUCGAGAACAAGCUCCUCGAGGAAUACGAGGAUCCAGAGCUGAGGAAGAAGUUCCUUGAAGAUAACAACGUCACCAGUGCACUGGGCAAAAUCAUAGUUCAGGGUUACAAGGCCUUGAAAUUAGAAUACUUCUUCACCGCUGGGCACGAUGAAGUCAAGGCUUGGACAAUCCAGAAAGGUACCAAAGCGCCACAAGCCGCAGGUCGCAUCCAUACCGACUUCGAGAAAGGAUUCAUCAUGGCGGAAGUCAUGAAGUUCGAGGACUUCAAGAACGAGGGCACUGAGGCGGCCUGCAAAGCUGCCGGGAAAUACAGGCAGCAGGGCCGGAAUUACGUGGUGGAGGACGGGGACAUCAUAUUCUUCAAGUUCAAUGCCGGCGCGGGUCUGCAACAAGCGAAGAAGAAAUGACGGACGCUUACUAUGAUCUGCGUCAUUGUUUAUUUAUACGUCAAUAUGAUCUUUUUUUAUGCCAGCAUGAAUUGUUGAUUUUCGCAUUUCUAACACUGUUUUUCAUUUGUCACCUUUCCUGUACUGAAUAAAUGCAUAUACUUUUAA